AUGCGGGCUAUAAAUCUUGUAUUUUGCUUAAUUGCUCUCACAGUAUCUCAACUAACUGUCGAUAUAUGCUUUAGCUCUUUCACAAAUUCAAAUUUGACCUCAAAUUUAGCAGUUUUACUUCAAAAAAAAUUUCCAAACCAAUUCUCGUUUAAUUUAGUUUUAAUUGAGAGCAUUUGGGAUAUUGAAAAGCUUAUGAACAGCCCAGAUAUAAUUUUAGACAUUACUUUUAGCACAUCAUUAUCAAAAUCAUUAAAAGAAUUUUCUGAGGAGAAUCAGUCGAUCAUAGCUGAAAUUAAUAAGCCGACCGGGAUAUAUUCAAAAUGGGAAUUUUUUACUCAUAGCUCGUGAGAAGAUCAAGCUAAAGCUUUGCCAAGCAUUAUUUCUUAUUUAAAUUGGACUACUUUUAUAGUAAUUUCUGAUGAGAUUUACAAUGAUAAAGAUGAAAUUUUCAAUAAUUUGUAUGAUAGGGAUUACCGCUGGUUCUAUUUUUCAAACACCAAUUCUAAAAGUAAUUCAGAUUUAUUUAUAAGAAAAGUAGUUAAAGCAAGUGGGAUAAGAAAUAUUGUCAUAUUAAAUCAUGGGGAAAGCUCAAAAAUGUUAUUGAAAAGUUUAGAAAAAUACAAUUUGCUUAUUAAUGGAACUGGAGUUGUUGUAGGAAAUGAAGGCUCAUGAGGGUUAUAUGGAAAUGGAGCCAUUACUUAUAUAGAAUCAGGGUUAGAAAAUGCGGACGACUACUAUAAUUACGAAAGUCUCGCUUUUAUAAGAUUUUUAAAUCAUGUGCUAAAAUACUCUGGCAAUUAUGAUAAUUUGGUUUUAAGGGAAUUUUUAGAAAUAAAUACAGUUAAUCAUCAUGCAGCUGCGAAUUUCACUAUAAUAAAUAUUCAAAAUGAGCAAAAAAUAGAAGUAGGAGAAGUCUCUAAAGGAAUUUUAUAUUUAUCUAAUAAUUUGACUUUUCCAGGAAAUUCAUUGAUAAUCCCAAACUCUCCUCAUACAAAUAUCCCAAUCUGAAUGGCAGAUGGCGUUACGAACCCUGGAUUUCCAGACAGCUCUUAUACUACUAGUAAAAUUGGAGCAAAAUUCGCUCUUGAUUUGGCUAAGAGCAAUCAUUUCCUCGAAGGUUUUGAAAUUUCUGUGAUUCAUACAGACUGUGGGGCAGACGUCUAUGAUCCUACAUUUUCAAUAAAUUGCUAUUCAAAGCUAAAAAGCACACCUGGCGUUGGAUAUUUGACAUCAUUAUAUCCAUUAGUGAUCAUUGGAAACCUUAAUUCAAUGCAAUAUUUAAAUAUUUCAAUCCCUUCGAUAACUGAGUUUUCUCCAACUGGUUUUCUAGGAGAUAAAGAGCUUUUUCCAAGCCUAAUGAGGAUGGCUGGAAAUGACUAUUACCAUGUUAACGUGCUGGCCGAUCUCAUGCUUAUUUUUGGGUGGAAAAAUGUGCUGCUAAUUAGUGAAAACUCAACAGCUGCUUUACUCACUCACCAGUAUAUUGUAGAAAAAUUAGAAUCCUCAAAUAUAAAUAUUGCCAACUCCCAAGACGACAGGAUUGUUAUGGAAGGCUAUAGCCAUGAAAAUUAUCAUAAAUAUAAAGACUGAAUGAUAAAAAUGAAAAAUCUAAUGGUAAGGCCUUGCAUCAUAAAUUUUGCACCUCCAGGAGAGUUUUAUUUAAUUGAGGAUUUGUAUGAUGCUGGGUUUAGAAGAGGGGAUAUAGUAUUUUUCAUCCCCAAUAGAAUUGCUUUUGCCUUUAUAUAUCAACCUGAAAAGCAAAUAGCAAAACUUUCAGAAAUGCUAUAUGGAGGAGUAAUUAUAAGUGAAGCCGAAUGGCUUGGAGAUUACGGUAAAGCAGUUUAUUCGGAUUUAAUAAAGGUCUAUCCAACUAAUGUGCCAGAAUUUAAGUGCUUUAAUUUGAUGCAGCACAAUUACUUUUGUAUGGGAUUAAAUAUACCAUUGAAAAAGGAGAAAAUGUAG